AUGGCCCGUUACCAACUUCGUCGGCCAGCGCCCGUAAAGAUCAUUCCAAGGCGCAGUCGUCGACAAGCCACCAGCGCAAGCAGUGCUCCAGCACCUGGACCAACAGAGGCACCGGAAGCAGAGGAGGAAGAGGAAGAGGAGGAAGAUGAGGGUCUAGAAAGUCCAGAUUCCCCAGAGAGUAGCCCGUCGACAGCAGGAAUGGCAUCCGAGAGCGACGAUUCAGAGUCGGAUGAUGAUGAAGAGCCGGAGGAGCCAGAAUCACCAGUUGCAGGAGAGCAAGCAGUUUCCUCUGGCCAACCUAUGUUGCCAUCAUCCAGCGCACCUGCUAGUAUCCCAGCUCCAUCUACUACGGCGGCACCAGGUGUGCCCUCAGGUGCUCGGCCUGGAUUCGCCGUCAGCUUCUCGUCGCAGGGCAAUAUUGCUGCUGCCCCUCAAAUCACAGUUUCACCUUCUAUGACCACCACCACCCGACCGGCGAACCCAGCAACUGUCGCUGCUGCUCCAACGAAUAACCAAGUAUCACCUCCCGCACAAUCAGAGAAUGCUGGUCAGAAUGCGGGGCCGCAGAAAUCUUCUCCGCAAGAAGAAAGGACAAUGAUCACCAAGGGUGGUGCAGCGGCGGCCAUUACCCUCAGCAUCAUAGGUGCACUCGCCAUCAUCGUCGCAGCGGUUGUUUUCAUCAAGCGUCGCAAGCGUCGACAAUACAACCGACGCUUGCCCGACGAUCCCUUCUAUCCGGGCAAUACAGGGUCUCUCGUCGCUCCAGAAACAGCACAUGUCGCCAGCGACUCUCGAUUCGGCGGUGGUGGAUCACAUCUUACGCGCUCCACCGAUCGAAGCGAAUCACUCUUCGGGGCCGCUCCAUACAUCCGUCCAGAGACAGUAUCAACAGAGCGCAACCGAUCUCGCUUCCCCAUGGGCCAGCCUGUACCAACGCCAAACCCCUUCGCAGACCCACCGCUCAACAAAGCAUACGAUGUCUUAGCUGGCCGACCGCGCUCGACCACACUGACAGACCGUGGCAGCUGGGUGAAGAACCCCUUCCGCAACCCUGAAAGUGAGCGCUUCGAUCCCUUCGGCGAAUUACAAGAAAAAGCACGUGCGGAGCGCUUGCGUUACGUCGAGGUAGCAAGACGCGAAGCAGAGUUGGAGCGCGAAGAAGAAAUGCAACGCCAAUUCGGUAUGAAGGAGAAGAUGGGUCUAGGCGUACCCGAAGAAGUGAAGAGGAAAGGAAGCGGCGCGACCUUCGAGGGAAUCGGAGUCUUGGACAGAAGCGACGGAGCGGGUACCUACCGUUCAGUCUAG